UUUGAGACAAGUGAUCUUUUCGUGACCUGGAAAGAAAAGGGGAGAGCCUGUUCUUCUUAAUCCACUUUACCUCUCCAUCUAUUCCUCUGCAAUGCUCUAUCGCUUCAUCUCAAAAUCUUCACACCUCCUAUUGCUAACCCUAGUUUCCUCCAAAACCCACUUCUUAAACCCUAAUACCUUUCCCCCUAAAUCCUCAUUUUCCAUUCCCAAGCGUAAUUUCUUUCCCAGGAACUCCUUCUUCUUCUCCACAGGUAACAACAACAGCAAUGGCAAAGAUUCAGACCCUUUAUAUACUUGGAAGCUCUCUUCUGAAACCGAUAAAUCAGUGUUCAAUGGAGAUUCAGCAAGUGUUGAGGGAACAGAAAGACGGGUUUUUGAUGGUGGGUUUUGGUCUAAAGAACUUAAAGGUUCUUGUACUGAUGAAUUGACAAUCAAAAAGAGUGGACUUAGUAAGCCUUCGGUAAGUGUGUAUUCAGAAAAAACUUUGGAAAUAAUUGAGAUUCUCAAGGGUGGUGGGGAAGACUUGACGCGCAGGUUAAGUUUGGUGGCUCCAAAACUAUCAUUCAAGCUCAUCAUUGAGAUUUUUGAGCGUGUGAAUGAACACAGAAUAUCUGGAUUAAAGUUCUUUAAUUGGCUUCGAGACUCGUAUCCUGAAUUUUAUCGUAGUGCUUAUGUCAAUAGUCUGAUUAUAUGUAAUUGUGGAUGGUUAGAUGACUAUAAAACAAUGCUCUCUUUGUUGGUAGAGUUUAAGGCAGAAGAAAUUUGUUUAACUGAUAAGGCUUUUGGGUUCUUAACUUUGUGUGGAUCGAGUAAGGAUUCAUUGAUGAAUUCUACAAGGAAAGUGGUUGAUAUGCUAAAUGAGGUUGGAGGAUCCUGUCGUGGUUCUGGUGUUUAUGGAUUAAUCGAGAUGUUCUGUUGCUUGGACUUGUUCGAUAUGGCAACAUUUGUAAUAGAGAUCACUGAAAGAACAGCUUCUCACUACAAUAUUUUGAUCCGUAAAAGGUGUAAGGCAGGUCACAUUGAAGAAGCACGCGCUAUUAUCAACGAGAUGUUUGAAUAUGGUUGUUCUCCUAACACCAAUUCAUAUAACUACCUGCUUGGCACAUUGUGUAAGAAUGAUAAGAUGGAAGAUGUGUCUAUUGUGCUUGAAGAAAUGAGAAAUAAGGGUCUCAAUCUAGAUGCAAUAACUUAUGAAACUCUAGUAUAUCAUUCAUCUAGCCGUGGUCGGGUUGACAUUGCCUCCGAAUUUUUGAAGUUGAUGGUAAAUGAGAAUGUGGAACCUCGUUCUACUACUCAUGCUGCCUAUCUUAAGGUUUUUCUUGAGGCGGGAGAGCGGGAGAAAGCAUAUAAGUAUGUGAUUGACAUGAGCGCCAAAUAUAACCACUGCGUCAAUGUACUAUACAGCUUGCUGGUGAGGCUUCAUCAGAAGAAAGGAGAUCUUAUGGCUGCUCAAAACAUUCUUAAUGAAAUGAUUGACAAGGGUCUCAAGCCGGACUUUGGAGUUUUCAUUGAAAUUGUAAAGCAACUCCAGAAGACGGGCAGGAAAUCUAUAUCUCGAGAUCUUAAGACCAAAUACUCAGUUUUCUAUUGUAGUGACAUACAAAAAGCUAGCGAUUCUUCAUCUAAUUCUUCUGUCCCAUGCCAAGGUUGAAUGCAUCUCUCUAGCUGGUUUGUCUAUGGAAGAAAGGGCAGGAGUGUGCAUCAUACAGUUUUAACCAAAAAGCUCUCAAAGAAAAUUUUCAGUUGUCUCAGCUUGCAACUUAGAUCCUCUCAGCCUUUCAGUUUGCUCUCACCUUCAACUUCCGUUGCAGUUGCUGUUGACAUUGCCUCGCCUCUCGUCAGCCUCCACCAAUGUCACCUAUGUUACACCUCCCAAGUUUACAUGCAUCGAUGAUCUUCUAAAGCCAAUAAAUCCAUUCAAUCACAUAGAAAUACAGAGGAAAGAGCAAUGUCUCAUGCCUAGCAAUACGGCGAGUCAGGUCGUUUCUUGCAAAGAAGGUGGAUGAAUCGAUGUAAUAUAUCUGCGGAAAAUUAUCGUUGACCAAAUCAUCGACUCUUUUUUGAACAGAGGGAGUUGGUCAUUGCCAUUCUACAUGGUUGGGUAAAUCUUGGGUGAACAUGAAUUACAUGCUGCAGCUGUGGUUGCACGGUAGCCAGGAACCCAUGGUUAAUUGAAGAAGUAGAAGUUGCACCUCCCCAAAAAAUGGAGGCUCACCUGAAGAUUCUGUUCGCCUCCCUGUGCCACACUGUUAUUACUUCUGGAAAGCAAAAGACUAACUACAGAACGUGACAUGGCUGAGAAGUAACCUUCUGGAGAAGUCAUAAUGCUUGGUGACAUUAUCUGGGAAGCUUUCGAAGUCUACUUAAUGAUAAGACUCACUAACCUGGACACGACUGAAAAAAAGGAAAAUUACAUGUGAACUCUGGCCAUAAGCAAGGAUGGCUAGUCUCUAGUCAUGGAAGAAAAUCUGGAAAGGGAAACCUCUUUUAUAAGGUAGCAUGUUUCUGUAGGAGGGUGCUCACAUAUGAAGUAGUUCUCACUUAACAUUGAUUUACAUAGAAGGAGAGUCCCUAUAUACAACAGAUGUCACAGAUUUGUGUUUUGGCCUCACAGAUAUGACUGUGUUUUCCUCAUCUUUAAUAUGAGGUGGACUUUUUGCCUAAGACAAUUAAGGACCUGCAUUUGGUGAUUCUUGUUCUUGUGGAAAGAUAAGAAGCAAGUUUUCUUUUUCUUUAUGCGCAAAAUAGCAAUAUAGAUGGACUGAAAUAUAGAUGUCUUUAUCUUUUGGCUUUUGGGUGUAUAAUGGGAGUAUGCAAGUGAUACACACAGCAUGAUUGCACUCUCCACUAAGGUACUAGCUCAGUUCAAAUGACCUGAUUUUUGUACUGUCUUGCAUAUCUAGGCACUAGCUCACUGCUGCUUUAGGAUUAAUAUAUAUAUAUUCUUCACUUAGAGUUUGGCAUGUAAAAGUUGAGUAUAAAAGAGCUUUUUAGCAAUCUCUCGAGUGUUCUGUUUUAUUCAAUUUCCUAGA